AUUUGUACUGUACAAAUGAACAAUCCCCUCGAAGAGAAAGUUGGUCAGCUAGAUCUGGGGACGAGGGACAGCGGGAUUCUCUUCAGGAUCCUUCGAGGAAGAAAAAUGGACGACAAGGUGUCCAUCGUCAACCGAAAAUCAGCCGAUAGCGGCAUCGGCUCGCUGAUUGAAGGGGACGGCGGCUCGCCUUCGGCGGCCCCCGAUCCUGACGGCAUGCAAAGCCCGACCAAACAGGACCCAGAAUCGGGGGACUCCGAGCCUGGAACACCUUCGCCCCUCAGUCCAACCAGCCCGAUCGUUCCUGAUCCCCCCAACGACAGGGCGACCAAGAAGGGUCCGUUUCGGCUGUGGUACUUGGGGAAGUGUGUUCUCGACCGCCGCUACACGUCGCCGAUGUUGCCAUGGGUCGUUGCGGAGCUGAGAAGAACCAGCGGCCCGGCCCGUCAAGAAAUCUCUCUGCAGCUCACCAAGUCCACCGUCCGCGGCUCGCCCCAGGGCGAAGACAACGGCGUCCUCUUCGAACACAAACUCCAACAAGUCGCCAGAAUGGCCAGGAAUCUGCACUACCCUACCUGCUUUGCAUACCUGACGAGGGAAUCUUCAGAUUCGCCCUUCGCAUUCCAUGCGUUUGAGGCACACGACUCAGAAAAGGUCCCAGAGAUCUUUGCAUCCAUCCGUCUGGCGACUAAGGAGUACCUGAAGGACAAUCCCCAUGUGGACAGCCGUUUGGAACAGGACAUGGACAACAAGACCUCCAAGUUCGAGGUCAUUUACUGCGGCAAGGUCGUGGUAUCCCACACCAAGGCCCCGCCCACCCUGAUAGACGACACCAUCGAGAAGUUCAAAAUUCACGACGCCGAGAAACUCAAGCAGCAGAAGAAGAGGCUCGGGUCCAGCUCCAGAGAGCCGGAGAAGGCUUCCAACAACUUGGCCAACAACAACUCCAAGGUGGGGUGUACGGAGGAGGAGUGUAGAUCGAGUCAGGAGGACCCGCGACUGAACAUCCACGUGUGCGAGACGCCGGACGCUGCCAACAGUGAGAAGAAGAGACAUCGCAGCAACAGUGGAGGAAACGUACAGAACAGGACCAUGUUAUUUCAGAUUGGGACGCUGGAAGUGAGCCUGAUCAGUCUGGAACGCAAGUCAGUCAUCCUGGAGAAGAACUUCAAGGACAUUUCGUUUGUAUCUCAGGGAAUCAAGCAAGCAGAGCAUUUCGGCUUCAUCUGCCGCGAGUCGAGCAAGAGCAGCCGCCACAUGUGCUACGUGUUCAGGUGCCAGGCAGAGUCUGUGGUUGACGAGGUGAUGCAGUGUCUGAAGCAGGCCUUCAACGCUGCAGCUGAGAGCCAGCGGACCCACAUCGUGUGCGAGACCUGCCCCAUGCACCAGUACCACAAGCUCGCUCUGCAGAUAGAAGGCUUGUACCCUCCCCGAGCCAAGGAAGUGAUCCAAGCUCAUCUCCAGGAGCUGGGAGACGCAGAUCAGACUGAGAUCACCGCCAGGAUCAAGAAUGCGGAACCGACGGGUGAGCAGGAUGAGAAUGAGAUCACCAUGGCGAUUCUGCGGAGCCUGUACGAGGGACGACAGAAGGUCCACACCCACAUCAGUGACAUCAGCCAAGAUGGACACCGGUAUCCAUCUAAGUUUGAUGUCAUCAGAAACCGGGCCAAGAAGUCUCUGGCAAACUCCUUCGAGAGCCUCCUGUCACGGCGUGCAUCGGCAGGUACCAUAUUUACGGCAAAGGGGAAAGGGAAGCAGCGUCACGCCAGCGAGCCGAUGGGGAAUGGACAGUCGGCCCGAGACCGCGCUGCAACCCUGGACUCCGGUGCUGCUGCCGCCGCUGCUGCUAAGGCCCGGGCCGCAGCCGUAGACUCUACCCGCAGGGAGAAGUUUUUCUUCACCCGUAGCAUUUCAAUGCAACAGAACCCAUCCAACAUCCCCCCUCCACUGAGACUAGUGGAAGACUCCCCUGGCCCCCCCACGUCCGCGCCCCCCACCCCAGGCAAGGAGGUGGAACAGAAGUUUGACCUUGAGGACUCGCCGUUCCAGCUGAGAAAACGCAGUAACACGCUGGACCACGUCCCGCCCAGGCGUAACAUCAUGAAGGACAUCAAGUCAUCGCCGCUCGCCUCCAGAUCAUCCAGCAAGGACAGUCUGUCUGACAGCUCAAAUGGGAGCAAACAAAGACUACAUCAGAGCAUCUCAUCGCCCCCCGACACGCCCCAGGGGUACACCCCGCGCAGACGAAUGUCGUGGAGACAGGCCAUCUUCACCCGGGUGGUCACACCCGGCCGGAAUAACACAAUGCCAGGUACCUUGUAUGUGCAUGAGCUGGAUGAGACCCUGACCACGCCGGAGGCCAGCCCCAAGCUGCGCAGCGAGGAGAAGCCGAGAAAGAGAACACGGGAAGAGCUGCGAGCGCUGUGGAAGAAAGCCAUCAUGGAGCAGAUCUUACUCAUCAGAAUGGAGCGAGAAAACGUCAACCUCAAAGCCCGUAUGGAUGCGGUGGAGACCAAACGCACCAAGCUGGACUACGACGUGAUCCUGCCCUGCUCCAAGAACACCCUGGUCAUGUGGGACGGCAUGCUGGGAACUCCCAACAGGGCAGAGGUCAAGUUCAACCCUGACGAGCUGCUGGCUGUCGUCAGAGCUGGUGUACCCAAAGUGCGCCGUGGAGAGAUCUGGAGACUCCUGGCCGAGCAGUACCAGCUCAGGAACAAGCACAGCAACGCUCCUCCAGAAAUCCCCUACGAGGAACUCAUCAGACAACUCACAUCACACCAGCAUGCCAUUCUCAUUGAUUUAGGCCGCACCUUCCCGAGCCAUGCAUACUUCUCCACACAGCUGGGUGCGGGACAGCUGGCCCUGUUUAACCUGCUGAAGGCCUACUCACUGCUGGACAGGGAGGUGGGGUACUGUCAGGGACUCAGCUUCGUCGCAGGCAUCCUGCUCAUGCAUAUGACAGAGGAGGAGGCGUUCCACAUGCUGACCUUCAGUAUGUACCAGCUGGGCUUCAGACGGCAGUACAGACCUGACAUGGUGGCACUGCAGAUCCAGAUGUACCAGCUGUCUCGCCUGCUGCACGACAACCACCGCGAGCUGUACGAGCACCUGGAGAAGAACGACAUCGCCCCCACGCUCUACGCCGCGCCGUGGUUCCUCACGCUCUUCGCCUCACAGUUCCCACUGGGCUUCGUCACUAGAGUGUUCGAUCUGAUAUUCCUCCAAGGAACAGACGUGAUCUUUAAGGUGGCCCUGACGCUGCUGGGCGACCAUGAGGACCUGAUCAUGGCCUGUCAGGGGUUCGAGAACAUCGUGGACUUCAUCAAGAACCAGCUGCCAGCCCUGGGCAUGGUCAGCAUGGAGAAGGUCAUCACUAGAGCAUUUGAGCUGGACAUCUCCAAGCAGCUUCACGCCUACGAGGUGGAGUACCACGUCCUGCAGGAGGAGAUGAUCAGCUCUCCCCAGAGGGGGGAUGUCGACAGGAUGGAAAAGCUGGAGCAGGCCAAUCGCAACCUGAAGAGACAGAACAUGGAGCUGUUGGAAAAGCUCCAGACAUCACACAGCAGUAUUCACAGUUUGGAAGCCACAGUUGCCAGUCUUCAGUCAGAGCAGAACAAGCUGCGCUCCAGCGUGCAGACCCUGGAGAUCGAGCGGGCCGCCCUCCUCAACACUGUCACCAAGCUGCGCAGGCUUCUCCCCGACAACUGCCUCAUUGAGGAAGAGCUGAACUUCUCCAUCGUUAACGAGAUGCGGGCGAACGUGGGGCUACCUCCCCUCAGCAAGAACAACAGUAGCAGCUCGUCCGAGGACUUGGAUACGGAGGUGGCCAACAUUACAAACAAAACCAGGACAAUCAUCCCCAACCCGCUCAUGAGGCACAGGAACAUGAGCGGGGACAGCAUCGGUAGCUCAGUUAGCGCUGGGAGCACAGCUUCUUCUGAUCUGUUGUGUACGGAGAACUUACAGAACACAACAACAAGCACAUGUCGACCUCUCUCUACCUAAACCUGUACAUACAUAGAGAACGUUUGACUGUAGGUACUGUCUGUAUAGUAGGAUCAGUAGUGCCAGUGAGAGGUCCAACAGGAAAAUACAGAAAAAAAAGAGAAGCAUCUUGACAUGACACCAGUGGCCAACUUAUGUAUGUAGAUAUGUUACGACAGUGGCAAUAGGUAGUCAAAGAAAUCGUGAACGGACAGGGUGAAGCUAUAAUGUCACCCUCCAACUGGGAACAUGUUCACAAGAACAGAAAUGCACCAAAUAUACCUGUAUAUAAAGAUCUUUGUGUGAUGUGUUGUUGUGUGCUGUUGUCUGACAAAGUAAUGAUUGUUGUCUAGCUGCAGACAGUUAAAUCCAGUGUGCUUCUCUCAGUAUUGUUGCGUCCUCCAAUGCUUGCUUUAAAGUUGUCCGACCGUGAGCUGCUUGUUCUUUGGUGCUGAUUCCUAUAACUUAACAUAAACUUUGAAGCAGAGGUUUUUAAAAACUUCCCGUGAUGACGAACACCAUAUCGUAGCUACCAAAGGAAUGCUUACAGUGAUGUUGUGGAAUGCCCCAAUUGGUUGAAAGGCAGGGGUAAAGAGUACUACAUACACCACAGGGUGGAAUGUGCUUGCGAAUGAGAGACUAUAUUUACUGUAACGACAUGUAGAAUCUAUACCUCUAUGCAUAACCCCAGUGUCCUGCCAAGUACUAUACCUACCCAAGGGUUUGCUGGAUAUAUGUAUAGUUAAACAAGAAUCCUAUAUAAGAAAAGGGCAAAAAUAUGACUUAAAGGAAGUUGUAUAUACUAAUGUAGCUGUAACUUGUGACUAGUUAGUCUUUGGGAGGUAAAGUAGGGACGACAGAGUUCACUAAGGAGAUACCAUUGGCAUGGACGUGUAUGUAAAUAACUUGGUAUGGCCAUUUCAUGGUCUAUUGCUGUAGGUAUCAGGUCAUGACAGAUGUGUUCUGAACAGUGUUGACAACAAGGCUUUUCUGGUAGACAUAUGCUUAGAACGUUGUGCAAAUAUUAGAUCGAAGUAAAAACUAAGAGUUGACAGAUGGUUUUGUUUCUCGUACAAGUAACGUUACAGUGUUUUAGUAAGUAUAAUCUUGUAUCAAGGUAUUAUGAAGUUUACUUGCCGUUUUUUGUAUUGUUUCGUUUUAUACCUGUUAUAUUUUUGGUGCAAUGUUUAAUGAUGUUGUACAUUGUUUUAUGAUUUGAAAGGGGAAAAGCCCUGUUAUUUUAUGAUUUUACUUUGUCAUUUAUUGCAUCAUAACCAAACUGGAAUUUCUAGUCAUGUGUAGUGACUUCUUCCAGCUAUUUCAAUGAUGUUAAGAUUGUAUGACCGUUGUUAACAGUGUCAACAUUACUUGAGGCGUGCGUAAGAUGUAUGACAUGUAAUGAUUUCUUUUUAAUGCCAAUGGUGAUUUCUUUGUAUUUUUCAUUUAUGAAGGUCUUUAAGGGAUCAGUGAUGAUUGAAAAAAAUGUAUCCUUAUUUGUGGAAUCAGCCGAGCUGGCUUAGAGGGAACAAAAUCAUGAUCCAUUUCUUUUAGUUGAAUCCUAUGUUGUCAUGAUUCAGAGACAAAAAAAUAAGAUACAAACAUCGUGUUGUUGAAUAACUGUCACUAUUUGAAUGUACCAACAAGUUGUUGAAAAUGUUUUGGGUUGCUUAGCACGAAUGUACUUUUGUCAGAUUAACUGUAAAUAUUGUAGCCACUGUUCCCAGAGGACCAGGCAGGGUAUGGGAUAGUUGAGUGUUCUGCAUCAGUCUCGAGCACAGCAGUUCCUAGAUAAAUGUCACAAGCCACUGACAACUGAAUCUUUUACAUGUUAAGGGGUUGUCUGUUAUACAUGCCAUGACAUCAACCAUCAAUAUACAGUUAAAACCUUGUUGAGACUGGGACUUGAAAGGUUUGAUUUGGGUUCUCUGUAAGCUGUGUCUGAAACAACAUCAUGUGCAGAAACAUGGCUCUAGUUUGGUUAAAACUUGUAUCCACAGUGGAGCUGGUUUCUUGAGAAAAGUUGUCCUGACAUCCACUAGGAAAUAAUUUGUUGCCCAGCUUUUCAAAUGAGUUGAGUUUCUUUAGAAUUCAGUUUCUCAGAAAACCUGUCCAAACACUUUUAACCAGUCCCAGUCUGUACAGGGUCGGUAACAAAAUAAACUGUUUACACAAUGAUUCCAAUCCAGAAGUCAACAAGGUUUUGUAUGGAACCAUCAAGUACUUGUAUUUUGAAGGGUACUUUUCACUUAAAGCAAUAGCACUGGAUAGUUUACCUCACUGUACGUGGCAUAUAAAUAGAUAUUAUUCAGGAUGAAAUAUCUAUAACUUAAGAGUAAUACUCUGAACAUUUUUGUGUUUGUGUCUUUGAAAGAUUUACUGUACCUUUGAUGUGAUGGUAGGGCAUCAAACCGUGUGGAAAAGCCAUGUGGAGCUUGGGAGGGACGGCUGUCAUCUCAGUACAAACCUCGAAAGAAAGCAAUAAAAAUACUGGAAACUCA